AUGCACGUCGUCGCUGAAGUUCCAUGGCGUCGUCUUCCUCAUUUUUCCGUUACUUAUUGGAUUCCUGUCGAUUAUGUGGCUUCUCCAACAAAGGAAGUCCCUGUAUGUGUUGAGGAAGCAAAUGAUGUUGUAGAAAAGACACAGCUCAAGGCUAGUGGUACGGCUCUUCUUAAAGGACCUAAGAAUUCACGUGAAGCUGUGAAGCAUUUCGUUCCUGCUCCUGCUGCACACAAUCGCACAAAGCCAUAUAUUUGGUCCAGUUGA